ACCUGCACACGCAUUUGAAGUGAAGCAGAGAAUCAGCAGAUCAGUAAUGGAGACAUUGAGAAUAGUCCUGCUGGGGAAGAGGGGUUCAGGAAAGAGUUCAGCAGGAAACACUCUCCUGGGCAGCAAACCUUUCCACACUGCACCCAGCUCCCAGGGGGUGACCCAGGUUUGCUCCAUGAGCAUCAGCACUGUAAAUGGACAAAAAAUCCAUGUUGUGGACACUCCUGGGUGGACUGACAGUCUGACUGAUGCUGAAAGCACACAGGAGAUUGUCAAAUGCAUUGAUAUCUCAGACCCUGGACCCCAUGCGCUCCUCUUGGUGCUGCCCAUUGGUUGCGUCGCCAAAGAAGACACUGAAACACCCAGGCAGAUCUUGGAGAUCUUAGGAGAAAAAGCCAACAAGUACACAAUGGUAUUAUUCACCAAAGGAGAUGAUCUGGAGGAAAAGACCAUCGAAGAGUACUUGGAAGGCGUCCAUCCAGACCUGAAGAAAGUUAUUGAGAUCUGUGGAGGAAGAUACCACAUGUUCAAUAACAGAGACAAGGAGAAUCAUGGACAAGUCUUCACUUUACUGGAGAAGAUCAAAGAUAUGGUGGAAAGAAACAAAGGCAAAUACUACACAAAAGCCAUGUAUGAGAAGACGGCUGAGCAAAUGGAAGAAAAAAGUAUUUCACAGAAAAUUGUGGAGGCCCAAAGGAAAGAUUCAGCUGUGGAAUCAAAUGAUGGUCAAAUAAGCAGAAAGAAAGAGGAAGGAAAACACUGUGGUGGUAUGUACAAAAGAGACUCGGAGAGGGCAAAAGAGAGUGAAUCACACCUCGAAGAGGCAGAGGGAGAAGGUGAGAGGAGAGCGAUGAAGUUUAAACAUGACAGACAGCUAUGCUGUAAAACAGAUUCACAUGAAGAGGAGAAGUACAUGGUGCACACUGCAAAAUAUCAUGUUGUAAAAUCCCACUGUGAAAAAUCCAGUGUCGAAAAAAUCUCACAUCAUGGUGCGAAAUCUGAAAAUCGCAGCAAGGAUCUUAACAAGACAGAGCACAAAUGGCACAAGACAGUGACAGAGCUGCAGAGAUCCAUUGAGAGGAUUGAGAUGACAUGGUCGAAAGAAAAAGAUGGACUGGAGAAAGACAUACAGCAACUGCGAAAGAAGCUGGGCGAACAGAAAACAGAGCUUGAAAAGGUAAAGAAAGAGCUUCAGCGUCAGCAGGUGAAAGUAGACACUUUUGAGAAACUCAAGCAAGAAGGUCAACGACAGAGGGAGGAGCUUGAGAGACUGAGGAAGGAAAAUGAAGAAAAGAGGCAGAAGAUGAAGCGGAGAAAUAGUGCACUCCAGAAACACAUUGAUGAGUUUGAACGAGCGAUUGAUACGAACAAGGAGACGGAUUUUAAAAUAACUCUCCAGAAAUUUUUGGCACAAGUAAAGAAAAAUGUUCUUCAUCCAAAAUGAGCAUCCGUUAUAUACAUGUAUAUACAGAAAGAAGCCUGGAAUGUGCGCAGACAACAGCCCACACAGCUGAGAUUUAUAAAAGAAAAUACGGGAAAAUGUGUGAAUUUAUGGCAAGAUCUGGGUCAUGCUUAAGGAUUAUAAACAACAAUUUAAUGACAGUAGAAAUUGAUGACUGCAGGUAAAGUAAAAAAAAUAGCAGCUAAAUGCACAAAUGACUGUUCUGACUCAUCAUGCAGUUGUGUGCAAAUGUUGUGGCACCCCUGUUAUGUGUCAAUUUUCAGAGCAUAAAUAAGUUAAAACGUCCUCUGCAGUGAACACACUUCUGCACAUUUGAAUGCACAAUUACU